GGCUUAGCCAGGUGCUGGUGGCUCCGUGGCGCUUCCUGCCACGCCGGGCCUGGGCCGCGCCAGCGCCGCCCCGCCGAGGACCCCGCGUUGGCCGCCGCCGGGCCGAGGUGAGCGUGCGGGCCACAAGAGGAUGUGCGCGGAGCCCGGGAGGGUGUGCCGGGCCGGGAUGAGCGCGCGGGCCGCCAGAGGAUGUGCUGGGAGUCGCGGAUGAAUGUGCGGGUCCCGGGUUAUCGUUUGGGCCUCGGGAGGAUGUGCAGAGGACGGCCCAGGAGAGUGUGCAGGACUGGGGUGAGAGUUCCUGUUUUGAAUCCUGACUCGGUCUCUCACCUGGUGCAAGUGCGACCCAUCCCCUCACGCGGACUGAGCUGAGCAUUCAGAAAGCAUCUGGGUGACCCAACCGCCGGGGAUGGGUGAAGACGCCCAGUCGCAGGAGAUGGCGUCCACGAGCUCCCCGACGGCCAGAGAGCACGGCCCUGAGGUCAAACAGAACGGGGACUCCGAGGGGCGGGGAGGGAGCCCCCAGAAUCUACCCGUAGAGCAUCAUUUUGCGUGUAAAGAGUGUGGGGGUGCCUUUCGGCUUAAGGUCCUCCUCGUGCAGCACCAGCGAAUUCACAGUGAGGCAAAGGGCUGGGAGUGCGGCGAUUGCGGGCAGGUCUUUCGGGGGCUGUCCGAGUUCAACGAGCACCGGAAGAGCCAUGUGGCGGCAGAGCCCCGGCCGGGCCCCAGCCGGGCCCUUGACGAGGCCGUGGAGAAGACGGAGCAAACGGAGAGGGAGGCGAAGCCCUUCGAGUGUGAAGAGUGCGGGAAGAGGUUCAAGAAGAACGCAGGCCUCAGUCAGCAUCUGCGCGUCCACAGCCGGGAGAAGCCCUUCGCCUGCGAGGAAUGCGGGCGCUCCUUCAAAGUCAACACCCACCUCUUUCGCCAUCAGAAGCUGCACACUUCGGAGAAGCCCUUUGCCUGCAAGACGUGUAGCCGGGAUUUCCUGGAUCGCCAGGAAUUUCUCAAGCACCAGCGGAUGCACAGCGGCCACCUGCCCUUCGACUGCGACGACUGCGGCAAGUCCUUCCGAGGGGUCAACGGCCUGGCCGAGCACCAGCGCAUCCACAGCGGGGCCAAGCCCUACGGCUGCCCGCACUGCGGCAAGCUCUUCCGGAGGAGCUCAGAGCUCACCAAGCAUCGGCGCAUCCACACGGGCGAGAAGCCGUACGAGUGCAGCCAGUGCGGGAAGGCCUUCCGGCAGAGCUCCAGCCUCCUGGAGCACCAGCGCAUCCACACCGGGGAGCGGCCCUACGCGUGUGGCGACUGCGGCAAGGCCUUCCGGGGGCCCUCCGACCUGAUCAAACACCGGCGCAUCCACAGCGGACUGAAGCCCUACGCGUGCGACCGCUGCGGGAAGGCCUUCCGCCGGAGCUCCGGCCUGAGCCGCCACCGGAGGACCCACAGCGGAGCAAGACGCUGCGAGUGCAGCGAGUGCGGCCGCGUGUUCAAGAGGCGCUCGGCGCUGCAGAAGCAUCAACCGACCCACCGCGAGUAGGGAAGGCCCGCGGCCCCGUGGGGCCCCAGAGGGGGAGGGCAGAGUCAAAGGAGACGAACAGUUUUGUAGCGCUGAUAUAUUUUCUCUUCAGAAAGGUUGAGACCAAUUUAUACCGCCACCAGCAAUUUCUAAGUGUUUGUGUUUCCCGUCUUGCCUCU